AUGUGCAGAAGACGCAACGAGAGCGAAGGAAAGGGUAAAAACGGAAGCUGCGGUCCUACGCCGGAACCCGCGAGGUCUUUUUUGAAAGACGACGACGAAACCGAGGUAAGCGGAAAAGGACCCCGUGGCCUCCCCGCAGAUUGCAGAAAAGCCUACCUGAAGAGCAGAACGCCAGGGUCCGGCUGGGCAGGUGUCGACAGAGAAGCUCGGCCGGUGGACUCGCAGAAGGCGGAGGUAAAUACAGCGACUUGCCGCUGGUUGCCUUCCCGUUUUCGGAUUGUACUCUCUCUCCCUCUCCACGCUCCAUGCGUUACAAGUGUCCUGGCUGUAUCCGGAUUUGCGGAACCCUAGUUGGAAACAAAUUUAUGGGCUGUGCUCCUGUUGGCAUAGGAAAGGAAUAA